CUGCCGAGACGAACCGCCUGAGGGAAGAGAACAAAACUCUCAAGGAAGAGCUGAGGAGGCUGCGCAGCCUGGAGGACAGGACAAAGCACCCAGGAGUCACCUCCAGAGAAAGCAGUUCUACCCCCAGCUCCCCCUUGGCUUUACUGUCCCAAAAGCCUGCAGGACCGAGAAGCUCUCCAAGCAGUAGAACUUCCCCAGGCACUGUCCUCCAAGAAGUCAGCCUCGCAGAAAUGGCGUCCCAGAGGAUCGCCAACCAGCUGCACGGAACCAUUGCCCUGGUGAGACCCGGCUCCAGACCCUGCCUCCUGGAAAAAAGUCCUUCGGGGACAGCAGUGUCCCCACCGGCAAGGAAGACUCCUCUCCUGCUGGAGCGCGAGCACAGCCCCAGCCUUGAGGCUUAUUUAGCAGCAAGCAAAACGGACUCCCCCAAGGUUGCUCCAUCCUAUGAAAACCUCAAACUGACUGCCCGGAGAGAGCAGCUCUGCCUCCUCCACAAGCACCUCUCCCUGCACCAGCUGGGGCUGGCAAGCAGCUGUGCCGCGGCCGACCGGGACGGCGGCAGCUUCUCCAGCCAUCUGCUCAGAGGCAAAGACGCCGACGGCAGGACACGGUCGCGUGAUGGCUGGAUGCUGAAGCUCCCUGCCGCCAUGGUGUACGUGAGGGAUCAGCACCUGGAGGAGAAGCUGCACCUCCUCAAGCACAGGGAGCGGCUGCAGCAUUUCCUCGUGCAGCAGUGCCAGCCAGGCCAGCGGGCAGAUGGAGACCCAAAGCUCGCGCCCGAGGAGCGGCCCCUCUCCCCAUGGCCGAGCAUCACGCCGGGGUGCAAGGAGGAAAGGUCCUUCCCGGAGGAUGCUGCAGACGGGAAGGAAGAGAAGGAGCUUUGGCCAAGCCAGGACAGCUCUGAGCUCCAAGAAAAGGCGAAGGCAGCAAGAGACGAUGGUGCAGACGUGCCGCUGGAUCUGUCAGACUCCGGCCGUGUCCGGGAAACAGGCUGGCAAAAAACGGGAGCCCGUGGCCCCUGUGGGAGACAUGGGGCAGAGGACAGCUUGCGCUUCCCCUGCCACUGGCCCAAUGCCAGCCGGGCACCGCCUGGUGCUGUCGAGGAGGAGGAGGAAGAGGAGGAGGAGAAUGCAGCUGUGCUCACGCUCUCACGGACACAUCCGACAAAGAGCUCCACGCCGAGAGACCCGGAGGCCCUUCCGGAGAGCGGGGUGAGACCGGCUGGCAGUGCACAGAAGGGAGCAGCAG